CUAGUAAAGUGGCGCAGUUAAGCUUUCCACUAUAUCUAUGCAUCUAGCGAUGGCAAUUGAAAUCUGUGCUCCAAUUCUCUCACACUCGCUGCCGUCACCGAGCAAUAAUUUUUCUCAAAACUACUCUAGGCUGCCGAGAAUGGCUGCUUCCGCGGCAUCCUACCAGAAGCUUCUCGCCGUCGGCACCAAAAUUAUCGGCGUCGGACGCAACUAUGCCGCGCAUGCGAAAGAGCUCGGAAAUCCGUUGCCUAAAGAACCAGUGAUAUUUAUGAAGCCAACUUCGUCGUAUUUGGAGAGCGGCGGUACGGUUGAGGUGCCGGAGCCGUUGGAGACGCUGGAUCCGGAGGUUGAGCUUGCGGUGGUGAUUGGUCAACGCGCUCGCGACGUUCCUGAAGCUAAGGCCAUGGAUUACGUAGGAGGUUAUGCUGUUGCCCUGGACAUGACUGCAAGGGAGAUCCAAACUGCAGCAAAGGCUGCAGGUCUUCCAUGGUCGAUAGCUAAAGGCCAAGAUACCUUCACACCUAUCAGCUCUGUUAUACCCAAAUCAAUGGUCCCAGAUCCUCACAAUAUCGAACUUUGGUUGAAGGUCGAUGGAGAAUUGCGACAAAAAGGAUCGACUAGUGACAUGAUUUUUAAGAUCCCAUAUCUGAUCAGCCACAUCAGUUCUUUCUUCACACUUGAUGAAGGAGAUGUUAUUCUGACAGGGACUCCGGAGGGGGUUCGACCGGUCAAGUUAGGGCAGAAAAUCGAAGCAGGGAUAACAGGGCUGUUGGAUGUUCAAUGUGAUAUUGGAAGGCGAGUAAGGCAGUGAAGUGCAGCAGAGGUUAGAACAUUUGAGAUUUGAGUUUUUCUGCAUAUUUAAUAUUUGCUUAGGUUUGUGUCUGAACUGGACAAGAGCUGUUUGAUUGUGACUCUGAGUUGUGAAUUGUGAUUCAAAUAAAUCAUAUAUAUAUAUGUAUUCUUCAGUUGGCUUUGUC